AGUUAAAGGCCCUCCAGCCGCGAACAGUUAUAGACUUGCCGUGCCACGUCUGCUGGCGCUGUUGACAGGCGGAGUACAAUGAGGAUGGCGGCGCUGCUGGCGGCCGCUGCUCUGCUGGCCUGUGCCGGGGCCGCGCUGAUCCCGGAGCCUGAAGUGCAGAUCCAAGUCCUGGAGAAGCCUUUCCUGUGCAAGAGGAAGACCAAGAACGGGGAUCUGCUGCUCGUGCACUUUGAGGGAUUCCUGCAGAGUAAUGGGACGAGAUUCCAUUCCACGUAUGUGGAUAACAAUGGUCAGCCUGUAUGGUUUACACUUGGCAUCCGAGAAGGGAUUAAAGGCUGGGACAAAGGCCUCAAAGAUAUGUGUGUUGGAGAGAAACGGAAGAUAACUGUCCCUUCUGCUCUGGCAUAUGGGAAAGAAGGAAAAGGAAAAAUACCGCCAGAGAGCACUUUAAUCUUUGAUAUUAACCUUAUGGAAAUCCGAAAUGGACCAAGGUCCCAUGAGUCAUUCCAAGAAAUGGAUCUGAAUGAUGACUGGAAACUUUCUAAGGAAGAGGUAAGAGCUUACCUUAAGGCUGAGUUUGAGAAGCAUGGAAGCUCUGUGAAUGAAAGUGACCACGCGGUCCUCGUUGAGAGCAUAUUUGAAAAAGAAGAUGACGACAGUGAUGGAUAUAUAUCUGCCAGAGAGUUUACUUAUGUACAUGAUGAGCUUUGAAAUGUAAUGAUAGAUUUGCUACAUAAGAAUGUCCAAUGGUUUUAGGACGUUAGAAUACAUUUCUAAAUAUCAUGUAUUUUGGGGUGGAAGUUGUUGCAUUUGGCAUACUUUCCAACACUGCACUAACAACCAGUGGUCUCUUAUGUCCCCAAAACCAGCUCUAAAUUGUCUGAGACCAAAUACAUUUUCCCUGCUGGUUUGAAAACCUCAUUAGCUUCACGUAAGAAACAUGGUUUAAACCCACAAAUCUCUCCAGUCCUCUGAAGUGGGACAUCUCUUCCCUAUACUGCAUAGCCCACAUUGGGCACUUAAGAAUACGUUUCUGGGAGGCAUGACAACUUUUUAACUUUGCAUCAAAAUAAAGAUAUAAAACCA